AUGCGCGUGGUCAGCAAGGCCGUGCAGAUGAUGUGGAUGGCUGUGGCGAUCAUCGUAGGGCUGUUGAUAGGUUGCUGCGUCAAUAUGGCAACCAGCGACACUCUCACCCACACUCAGGGGGAGCGAGCGUACAGCGUGGCAUGCGUUCCCUACACCGGCUCUCCCGCCACCGCAGGGAAGUAUCCCGACACCUACGCUUCGGUCGACAAGCGUGUGGCCAACCAGACCGCGGCGAUGGGGGCCUUCUUCCCGCCCGAGUGCCGCACCCCACUGGUGGCCUUGACCUGCAUGGGCUCCUUCCUCCGCUGUCAGUUCAACAGCAACUUCCCCCUCUUCGACGUUUAUCCUCCGUGCCGCAGCGUGUGUGAGGCGGCGGUGCUUGGCUGCGCCGCCUUCUUCGAAUCGCAGGGCGUGGAUAAUAUGUUGCCGGACUGCGACAUGAUCGACAACAGCACCGGCACUCCAUUCCCCGCGUUUCCGCCCGACGGCACCCAAUGCAUCGCGAUGCCGCCUGAUAUGUUCGUGCCGUACGGUGAGGCGGACUGCCCCUAUCCGCUCAAGUACAACUACGACGCCCAGGACUCGUUUGAAGCAUCGGGCUACGACCCGAAGCAGAUGUGUGUGCUGCCCUGCCCGAACCCCAUGUGGUCCGACGCCGAAUGGACCGCCGGAGUCACCCUCACGCUGGUCGGCAACGGCAUCUCCGGCAUCCUCUCCCUGUUCACCGCGGUCAGCAUGUGUCUGAUGCCCGGCAAGCGGCGGUUCCCCGGCACUCUGUUCAUCUACAUCGCGUCCUGUUUGUCGGUGAUGAGCCUCAUUGUAGCCUUUUUCCCAAUCAUUUCUGGCGGCGUUACCCGGAUGGCUUGCACGCGGGGCAACCCGCCUCAAGAGGUCACGUUCGACAAUGCGCGCGAAUACGACGGCGCCGGCGUGCCGUGCAUUCUGCAAGGCGUGGGCCUCUUGUACUUCUCGCUCGCCUCCAUCCUCUGGUGGUUGGCGCUUUGUCUGAGCGUGUUUGAGAUGGUGUACCUCCGACGAAGCGUGCAACUCAUUCGCCAGUGGCACCUCCCUUACCACUUCAUCGCCUGGGGUCUCCCCUUCUGUGCCGUCAUCGCUGCGUUUGCUGGGACUGCAUAUGGAGCAGUGCCGGGCAUCCCCUGGUGCUUCGUGCGGGGAAGUGAGUGGUGGUCGUGGGGGCUCUUCUACAUUCCUGUGGCUAUAUUCCUGAUCAUCGGUACCUUCGCUAUGACUUAUUCAGUGUAUCGGUUCAUCAAGGUUCGGUUCCGUUUCCUUAACCGGUCCGGCGAGUCCAUAGAGCAGGUGGUGCGACUGCUGCUGCUUCUGCUGGUCUACUGGAUGGUGCUGAUAUACCCCUGGUGCUUCCGGAUAUAUACUCUCGUGAUCCAAGAUAAGAUGCAGCGCAGCCACAGGGACACAAUGCAUAUCAUGUUUGGUGCAGGAGGGCUAGCCAUGUGUGUAUGCUGCUGUUCUUCUGAGGUCCUGAGGCUUUGGUUGAAUAUCAUCAAAAUUCUAUUCACCCAUUCCUUUAGGGACAGCCUGGAGGAGAUCAGGGUACAUGCACAACACCACCUUGCAGCUAUCCAGAACUAA